AUGGAGGCCUCGAAAGCGUUCCAAAGAAACCAUGAUGAGCUUUACAUGAAACCAUCUACAAGGUUGCGAAAGCUUAUUUCUCAGGGAGAUGUUUGUGUCCAGGCACCGGGAGUGUACGAUGGAAUUUGCGCUCGUAUCGCCAUCGAGCAGGGAUUUCAGGUCAUGUAUCAAUCCGGGGCAAUGACAACGGCAGCUCGUCUAGGCCGAGCUGACUUGGCCUUUGCUUCACUUAACGACUUUGCACAGAAUGCUCAGAUGAUUGCUAACAUCGACCCGCGCAUACCGCUGAUCGCAGAUGCCGACACGGGGUUUGGGUCUCCGCCUAACAUUGCCCGUAUGGUGCAGAUGUACGACCAAUGUGGCGUGGCGGGCUUUCAUAUUGAGGACCAGGUUGCCAACAAGCGAUGUGGUCAUCUCAAGGGGAAGGAGGUUGUGGACAUGGAAACAUGGAAAUCUAGAAUACGGGCAUGCGUCUUGGGGCGUGAAGCAAUCUACGGCGGUAGCGAUAUCGUGAUCAUUGCGAGAACAGAUGCGUUGGCUGUCGAAGGGUUCGAGGCUGCAUUGAACAGACUCAUUGCGGCAAAGGAAUGCGGUGCAGACAUGGCUUUUCUCGAGGCAAUCGAAACCGAGGAACAGAUAAAGCAAGCCGUGAAGGCUUUAGCACCAAUGCCGCUUCUUAUCAACUGUGUCUCACUUGGGAAAACACCAUGGUUUCCACCCGAGAAGCUUGGAGAACUUGGUGUGAAGCUUGCCAUCUACCCUGGCGCAGCCGGGAAAUCAGUGAUACAUACAAUUCGACGAGCAUACAAGCUUCUUAUGGAGAAGGGCGAAGACGAUGCAGCAGCCAUGGGUCUAGAGCCUCGAGGCUUCUUUGAUGUGAUGGGAUUGCAGAGAGAGAUGGAGAUAGACCGCCUAGCUGGUGGAGUUGCGUUCGGCAAGGGUGCAUAG